AUGGUAUCAGAUAAAUUGUUUUGGUGGGGGACUGGUAUACUAAUCGUGGGUUUAUCCGCUGGGUUUAUCCAUAUUAUUUACUUAGAUAUUCUUCACAAACAAAAAAUGGUAAGUGGAAUCAUCGAAGAGAUGCUUAUUCCGGAGUUUAUAAACAAAAGGCCGUUUAGAGAAAUAGAUCAUCUGAAAAGAGAGAAAAUUUUGAAGGACAUAUUGAAGAGUGUCAAUAGCAAUGUGAGUUGUAGAAUGGGAACUGACAAUCUUGAUUAUAGAGAUUAUUAUAAAAAUACUGCUAGCUUGCUUAAGACGUAUAAUUGCCGUAUUUCAAGAUUUGAAGAAAAGUAUUUAGAACAUUACAAGGAUAUGCCUGUUGAAGAAAUUCGAGGUUGGGAUAAAGUUAUGUUAGUAGCCAAGAACCUCCAGGAUGAUGAUCUAAAUUUUGCUUAUGACAAUGUGGCUCCUCCAGAUCUAAUUAAUAAGUAUAGUACAAGGAAGCCCAUCAUAGCACCUAAAGAUAGUGGUACUCUGAUGGAAGAAAUCGUUAGCAAGAACAAUUCAUACGAGAUUGCCUAA